AGACACGGAUGCUCAGAACCGCUGUGCGAGCGGCUCCGCCCUUAUGUGGGUGUUGUUGCCGUAUUGUGUUUAUACAUUCGGCAUGCUAGCGGCAACACUGAACUCACAAGCAUACCAAGUUCAAACCAGGCUCCCGUCCAUCCGACGUCUGGAGAGGAAGGCCGGAACACACGGGCCACUUUACUUUGACGAGAGGAUCCUACAUCAAUGGGGCCCCGGCUUCUGCUUCAAAUCGUUCACCUUGCAAAUCUCGUUCUGGUGUCAAAAGGUACACCGUGCAGCUUCGCCGAUGCCAGAGACAGGAAGGGAGCCUCAGAUAUUAGAGGAUUCCGUGUCGUAGCUAACCUCGAUGCUUGCAAAGCCUUCCUGGCCAAGUUCGAUAAAUUUAAAGCGGGAACAUUCUGCUCUGAUAGUUACGAUUGUAACUUGUACAAAGAAACAAGCCUAACAGAAGGACCUGGAUGUACGUUCUUUUUUCAUCCAAGUUAUAUAGAGAAGUGCAAUGCAGCAGUGACAACGGAGCCGAAUACAACAACGGUGAUAUCUACAACUGAAGAUACGACAACAACCACGGCGAUGUCUCCAGCAGCCACAGAUACAACACCUACCACACCGAUGUCUACAACUACCACAGAUACAACAACUACCACGCCGAUGUCUACGCCAACCACAGAUACAACACCAACCACGCCGAUGUCUACACCAACCACGACGAUGCCUACACCAACUACAGAUACAACAACAACCACCCCGAUGUUUACACCAACCACAGAUAAUACAAGUCCGCCAAUGUAUACAGCUAGAGGUUCCACGAUUUCAACACUGAUACCAACUCCAGCACAUACAACCCAAAAUGGCCCUACCACAGCACCCAUCCAAACAACGACAUCUGUCACAUCUACAGUACCAACGACCACAACGACGCCAAUUACAGCACUCACAGAAUCUACGAAAGUUUUCACAACCAUGUCUUCGACUCCAAAGCAGACCUCCACACAAUCAUUUUCAAACAAAAUGGCGAGGACAACGACUCUUCCAAACCCUUCUGUAGAAUCCUACACAGCCUCCCAAACACCAGAAACAUCAAACACACCGUCUCUAGGGAACCUCAGAAUCUCAGGGAGUCCUCGGAUGUCUACAGAUGCUCAAAUCGGUACCGCCGUAACCAUAGGAACCGUCACCACAGCCUUCAUCAUCACAGGUCUCGUUAUACUUGGAAGACGCAAACGACGCAAACGAAGCAUACAACUUGAUCAGGAAAGGGAUACCACAGAGUCACAGCCUGCCUACAUACAAGGGACGCACUUUUAAAACUCUAAUAUCUCAGUUAGCGACUUUCGUCACAACUUGGCCAUCGCUCGCAAUUGCAAGACUCUUUCUCCUAUCGAUCAUUAUCACGAAAACACGACACGACAAUCAAAGUUAUAUUGAAUAUUGUUUUAACCACAGAACAGUGAGGCAGUACAGAUAUAUUGUUCCGAAUAAGAUCAGGAAUAUACUAUUUAGCCACAAACCACAUUCUAUAAACUGCACAGUCCUUUUGGUUUGAUUUUAUUCAUUCGUUGCAAUGAAAUGAGAAUGAUUCUAAUCACAGUGUCUGCAUAAACUGAGAUAUUGUAAAGUAAAUUUGGCAUGAAAGCUUGUGUAUAUGGAUAAAAAGUCGGGAGGCUAUGUCCAAGCCUUGUUUCAAAUUAAACACAUCUGUUGGAAA